AUGCAUGAGAUUGAAACACGUGACCAGACAGUCAGCUCCGUUGACGUUGUCCCGUCGCGCCUGCAAAGCUUCCGCUGCAUGCUCCCAGCUUCCAUUCACGCUUUCACUUCAUCACAUAGUGUGUUUCUCAUUUCUUUUGUCCUUCUAAUUCUCGACAUCAUCUUAUCUGGGGCCCACUGCAAUCCCCACCUGAAUCAAGUUCCUACUUUGGGACUCGCUCGCUGUUCUGUCAUCAUAGCUCGUCCCGAGCGACGCCGCUUCGUCACCUCGACAAAACCAUCCUUAUUACAGCUUGACAUCUGUCACUAA